CCCCAUCCCACAGCAAGUUCCAUUCACCCAACCCCAACCGAUUGAAAAGUCUUCUUCAACCUCAGCACACGAACCAACCAAUCUCCUAUCCAUCCUCCCUGAAUUCUCAGCAAGCAUCUUCGUCUUCUCCCUCGCACUACAGCAGAUCCAUGGCGCUCACGCUGCGGUCCUCGACGUCCUUCCUCUCGCCGCUCGACCCGGCCUCCAAGCUCCUCCACAAGCCCGAGGACGCGCCGCCCUCCUGCGUCGCCAUGCCGCAGCCGCCGCCCGCCAGCGCCAGGCUGCGCGCGCUCAGGGCUGCGUUGCAAUCCCCGCCGGCGCCGAUGGAGGCCCCGGCUCAAACCGAGCUCCUCCACGGCCAGGUGCAGCAGUCCCACCCCGGCGGCGGCGAGCCGCGCCGCGGCGGGGUGCCGGUGUACGUCAUGCUGCCGCUCGACACGGUCGGGCCCGGCGGGCAGGUGCUGCGGGCCCGCGCGCUGGCGGCCAGUCUCGUGGCGCUGCGGAGCGCCGGCGUGGAGGGCGUCAUGGUGGACGUGUGGUGGGGCGUGGUGGAGCGGGACGGGCCAGGACGGUAUGACUGGGAGGGGUAUGCAGAGCUGGUGCGCAUGGUGGAGCGCGCGGGGCUCAGGCUCCAGAUGGUCAUGUCCUUCCACCAGUGCGGCGGCAACGUCGGCGACUCCUGCAAUAUCCCGCUGCCAUCAUGGGUGCUGGAGGAGGUGAGCGCGAACCCGGACAUCGUGUACACGGACAGGUCCGGGCGGCGCAACCCGGAGUACAUCUCCCUGGGCUGCGACACGCUGCCGGUGCUCCGGGGGAGGACCCCCAUCCAGGUCUACUCCGACUACAUGCGCAGCUUCCGCGACCGGUUCAGCGGCUACCUGGGCACCGUCAUCGCCGAGGUGCAGGUCGGCCUGGGCCCCUGCGGCGAGCUGCGGUACCCGUCCUACCCGGAGGCCGACGGCACGUGGCGCUUCCCGGGCAUCGGCGAGUUCCAGUGCUACGACAAGUACAUGCGCGCGUCGCUGCGGGCGGCGGCGGUGGCGGCGGGGCACGAGAACUGGGGCACCGGCGGGCCGCACGACGCCGGGGAGUACAAGCAGUUUCCCGAGGAGACGGGGUUCUUCCGGCGGGAGGGGACCUGGAGCACCGAGUACGGCCACUUCUUUUUGAAGUGGUACUCGGGGAUGCUCCUGGAGCACGGCGACCGCGUGCUGGCCGCCGCCGAGGCCAUCUUCCGCGGCACCGGCACCACGCUCUCCGCCAAGGUCGCCGGCAUCCACUGGCACUACCGCACACGCUCCCACGCCGCCGAGCUCACCGCGGGGUACUACAAUACGCGGCGCCACGACGGGUACCUGCCCAUCGCGCGGAUGCUCGCCAGGCACGGCGCCGUGCUCAACUUCACCUGCAUGGAAAUGAAGGACGAGCAGCAGCCGGGGCACGCCGGGUGCUCGCCGGAGCUCCUGGUGCAGCAGGUCAGGGCCGCGGCAAGGACGGCGCGCGUGGAGCUCGCCGGCGAGAACGCGCUGGAGCGGUACGACGAGCAGGCCUUCGAGCAGGUGGCGUCCACCGCCGCGUCCGCGGGGCUCAGCGCGUUCACCUACCUGCGCAUGAACAGGAACCUGUUCGACGGCGACAACUGGCGCCGGUUCGUCGCGUUCGUGAAGACCAUGGCCGACGGCGGCGAGAGGACGGCGCUGCCGAGGUGUGAUACUGGGCACUCGGACCUGUACGUCGGGUUCCUCGACGCCGCCAAGGAGCGGAGGGCGCCGGAGGCCGAGGCCGCCGCGGCAUUGUAGGUGUAGGUCGUACGUUUGUACACACAUCACAUACCCUUGUGUAUAGUGUACGGUGUGGUGUACCGUGUACGUGCGUCCUUAUUCGGGCAUGGAGCUGUAUAAUUGUAUAUGAUGAUCUCCGGGGACAUGCAGGUUACAGAAUUUUAUAGCUGUAAUCGAGCAUUGGUGCUUAGGCCACCGUCGGCAUUCCAUUCUCCGACAUUUGGAACGCGAGACUUUGGUAAGCAACAUACUUCUUUGGCUA